CGUCUUCUUUCGCCACUUAUUUAUCGCAUCCCAGGCUAAUGUGUUAGCGGCUUAGAUGCACUCUGUUACUACCACUAGGUUUUGUAACAAUCGCAACUUCCUCAGUUGUUCAGAUCACAUGUAUGUGACGUCUGGUCAUGUGAUCACUUCCAUGCUCCCUCUGUAAGAGAAUCAGGAUAUGGACUGACUGAAUGGAUAUUUUUCAUCAAAAUGUGCAACAUCUACUAGCCUAUGCACUGAUCAAUUUGUUUAACUACCAAUUUUCUUAAGGAAUGAAAUGCUUCCUGCUACUGCGGUUUAUCAUUUUCCUUGGGAAAUUCAACCUGGUGUCAUUGCAGAAGGAACAUCUGUACGAACUUUUGGAAGGCCUAUGUUGUAUCAUCAGGUUGACAUGUUACCAACCAGAGGAGUCAAAAGCCAUUCUGUCCUCACAUCAUUCAUCUAUGAAGUACCAAGUCAGCGUUCGGACGUCAUAUGUUGAGCCUUUCAACCCCAUAUGUGGAGCACUAUAUAUUGUCUUGGGAGAAAUUGAAAACACAGAAGAGGGAAGCGGUGUGAUGCUGCAGGCCCGUGUGAUGAACUGUGUGGAUGGAGUGGACUUGGCCCUGUUGCAGAAGGCCAUCAACGAGCAACGGAGCUUCCUCCAAGAGAGGGAGGAUGACAAGGGAAGCACCUCAGGCUGACUCAAGACUCAAACCGAACAGAGAGAUAGAUAGUAAAGCACUGGCACAAACGUCACAUUAGCCUGUGCUCUACGUGGCUGGAUAACACAGUGGCUGUGUGACUUUUUAUAUAUCAUCAAACUGUAACAAAGGCUCUGGUAUUGUGGAUAUUUACAGUAUUUGGCAUAUUGGAAAUAUGUUGAACUACCCCUGUAUCUAACAGUAGUAGUUACUUUUGAUGAAAGCAUUUUUUAUGUAGGCCUAGCCUACCUUUUGUCUAUCAAGGAGACAAUGUUACAUUAAAGUGAGCUCUGGCUGUUCCAGAUGGACUGAAUUGUACCGACUGUGUACAGUACACACUGUAUCAAAACUAACAUGAAGUUGGUCAAGACCGUAUUCUUCAAGAAAGAGAUGUGCACAGCUUCCAGUGGAACGAACAUAUAAAGGACUAUUAAAAAGCAAGCUUCA